AUGAUAUUCACCAAGCUCACGAGUGCCAUGGUGUUCGUUUUUGUAUUCGGCAAACUCGCGGCCGGUGCUCCAGCCGUGUCUGACCCCAGCGAGCCGGUCGCAGCCCCGAGCUGUGUCAUUGGCGCCGCUGCGGCGACGGGCACGGAGGGAAGCUGGCAGAUCAACUUUGCUUCCGUGACGCCUGUGCCUGCUACGCAGACUUCCUACGGCGUUGACAAGACGUGGUCUUCACAACACGCCAUGAUGACCAUGAAUAUUGGUCUCACACAUGGCGGUGAUAUGGAUCUCUAUGGAGCGUUCAAGUGUCAGUUCCAUUGCCAACUCAGAGACGGCUGUCUCUCGUAUUUCGGGCGCUAUGUCGAUGUGAAUAGCUCGACCGAGCGCUUCGAGUGCGUCGGCUUCAAUGCUAUCAUGAAUCCGUCUGUCUUCGUGCCGGACCCGAUUAAUAUUCCUGUUGGCGGGUUCGACCAGCUUUGCACAGGCGCGGACUAG